GUGAGCAAACAGAUUAGACUGGUGCUUUGCCUUGUGCUCUGGAUCCCCCUGCCCCAGCCUCCGGGUCAGUAGUAAUAGUCAGUGCAAACGGCAGAGGUUGCUCCUUGCCAUGCUCCUUGCAGCCAGAAGGGGAUUCAGUUGCCAGAGCCUCUAAAGGGGAAAGCAGAGAAACAACCACAGGAACCUUCUUCGUUCUCAUCCACAUUGCACAAGUUGUUGCUUUCUGCAACAAGGCGAGUGAGGGGAAUGAACCUGGGCAUAUGGUUCAGAGUCCUCGCUGCUGGCAAUGUGCAUCCUCCUGCGAGUCAUCAGGGAUUUGCAGCAUGCAGGAGUCUCUGGCUAUGCACUCAGGGAGAUCAUCACGGUAGGGUGCUGUGCAGAAAUGACCCUGUGCCUUCCUUGGGAUUUGGCUUCACCCUCACAAAUGGACAUUCACAACAGAGAGGAGUUCUGGCAUGGGCUGGAGAGAAGAUGGCCAGUGCCUCCAGGGUGAGGAUCCCAGCAGUAAGACCUGUCUCCUUAUCUACUAUGGCCAGAGGCUUCUCUGGAAUUAGUGGAAGGGGAGAUGACAGCAGAAAGCAGAAGCUCACCCUACAGAAUGUGGCAGAAUUAAUUCAGAAGAAAGAGUGCAGCAGGGUGGUGGUGAUGGCUGGAGCUGGGAUCAGUACCCCCAGUGGCAUCCCAGAUUUCAGGUCUCCUGGGAGUGGCCUGUACAGUAACCUCCAGCAGUACAACAUUCCCUACCCAGAAGCCAUCUUUGAACUCAGUUAUUUCUUCCACAAUCCUAAACCCUUUUUCACUUUGGCCAAGGAACUGUACCCUGUUGCUGGGAUCCCUCCCAAUAGUCUGGUGGAAGCCCAUGGCACCUUCACCACUGCUACGUGCACUGUCUGUCGUAGAACAUAUCCAGGUGAAGACUUUAGGGGGGAAGUGAUGGCAGACAAGAUCCCUCACUGCCCAGUCUGCACUGGACUCAUAAAACCUGACAUUGUGUUUUUUGGAGAGGAGCUCCCAAGCCGGUUCUUCCUGCAUAUGAGAGAUUUCCCUAUGGCAGACCUUCUCUUUGUUAUUGGGACAUCCCUUGAGGUGGAGCCAUUUGCUAGUCUUGCUGGUGCCAUCCGCAGCUCUGUUCCCCGUGUACUGAUCAAUCGAGACCUGGUGGGACCAUUCGCAUGUCAGCAACAGUACAAUGACAUAGCCCAGCUGGGAGAUGUGGUCAGUGGGGUGGAGAAGCUGGUGGAGUUGCUGGGCUGGAAGAAGGAGAUGCAGGAAUUAAUUCAGAGGGAAACAAAAAAGCUGGAUGCCAAAGACAGUUAGGAUGGUUGGCUGAACGCAGCUGGAAAAUGAUCUUCACCUUGAAAAAGGGUAGGUUGUAAUUCCCAGUGCAGACAGGAAAUGACAACAAAAGACAAUUGUGCAAGAUGCUGUCUAUUUUUAAAGCAUCAAAUAAUACCUAUAACUAAGAACUUGGUCUGCAGGAAUCUCUUUGGUACUGUCUGACUGCCUGUAAAACAAUACGGUAAGGACCAUUGCACAAACUGCCUAGGAAGCAAAGAUCAAACAGGGCAUGGGCUGGUUGUGCCAAGAGAUGACUUUCUCAGUCGGAUAUCUGAACGAGGCAUGUAGCCACUGAACUCCAUUACUUCUGUUCUUUCUUGUCCAGACCAUAAAUCUGGAGAUGACUCUUCUGCCUUCAAUUAAUUUGUCCUUUGCUUCUGUCACUUAGUUUAUACACUACUGAUAGGCUUUAUCAUCCAGCUCUGUGAAGAUCACUAUUAGACUUAAGCCAGCCUUUUUUCCCUCCCACAACACACAUGCCAGGUGUUCUGGACAAAAUUUGCAUGAGUGAUACUUGAUUUUGGGUGCACCAGUUCCUGGACUAGUACCCCAAAAGACCCUCAUGGAAUUUCCAAAGGGUGCAUGUUUGCAAAAUCAGGUGUGUUGAAAUGCCUCAAGUUGAGUACCUAGCAAUAGAUGCUGAAAAUCACUUUCAAAUGGGUUAGUCAGUCUCCCUCCAUUGCUGCUGGUGUAAGGUCUCAGCUCCAAAAGCCUCAGCUGGAACCCAUAGACAUUUGGCUCCCUGAACCACCUAUUUGAGAGGGUGCUAUGAGGCUCAGAUGUUUUUUUUAAAUGAUGAUUUUUGGUUUUG